UGGUAAACAAAGAAAAUCAGUUCUUAGCAACCUCUACCACACACACACACACACACACACGCCUGCACGCUCCCACACGCACUGCUCCACCCCACAUCCACCUUCCUCGACUGGCUGGGCUUGUUAGAGCUCACACCCGUACCUGUUUGCUAGUUUGCUGAGACACCUGUCAGGGACGAAAGAGUUUUCUACUGCUCACUUCGGCUACACUCAGCUGUGUGAAGAGUGCCCUGUUGGACAUAAGGGUUGGACAGGUUGCCUGUAGGGGAAAGCACAGAGAUCCCACCAGAAGAAACAUGUCAAGCGAGGGAGACCGAGCAUCUGUGCUUCGCACCAUCAAAGUACGAACAAAGCUGAAGGGAGACGGCAGCUGGCUGCAGCGCCAAGAUGAACCUCAGGCUGAAACUCAGGAGGAGGAAAAGCCAUGGUUGGCAGAAGUUAGAGACAGGCGUUUGAACGGAACUCCCAUUGAAACAAGCCCAGUUUCCUCACCAGUAAUGUCCACGCCGCCACCAGUAAAGUCUGACAGUGAGAGUAAACCAGCAACACAAGGAUAUUUGAUCAGAGGUGUUUUUACUAAACUAGAAACGCCUGUUUCAACUCCAUCAUAUAAUGGCACAAGCAUACCAAAAACAUUCACUAAAAGGCCUUCAGAGACCUACAAGAGGAUAGCCCCUCACAUUGUGAGAAACACUUCAGAGAACCCCGAGGGCCAGCUCAGCUUUGAGGAGCAGGAGAGACGGACGGAGGCCGCCCUACAUGUUAUGAAGACAAAAGCAGAGAGAAAGCGAUCCUAUGUUAUGUCUGCUGCUAAGUUAUAUGAGACUAAAGAUACACCACCUGACACUUCUUUGGCCACCAGCAGUCCUUCAUUUGUGGCUAAAAGGGUGGAGAUUUUUGAUGAUGCCGACAGCACGGUGGAACCAUCCCCUGCUGUUUCUCCCACAUCUGCUGCCUCUGCUCCUGCACCCAAACCGCAGACAGCCUCCAGUAUUGACACAAUUGCGGCCUUGUCCGACACCCUCAUUUCUUUGGACACAAACCCUAGCAGCGCUGAGAACAACAAGCAAGAGCUGGCAGAGGAAGAAGAAAGCCCGAUGGACAGUCCCACCCCAGAGGACAGUGUUGAACAGGAGCCAGAUACAGCACCCAGAGAUAGCAAACCAAUAACAGGCGAUCUCCUGGGUUUCAGUGAUGGUCCAGAAGAACCAGCGGAGCCUGUUCCAUCCAGCCCGGGACGCUGGAGUCAGGAUCUACUCACUGGACUUGGCAGCCUCAGCAUGCAGCAGCAGGAGGAGGAGAAGCAGACGGAUGAGACAGCCGUGGAAACACAAAGCUCGGCUGAUCCGUUUGAUCCAAAUCCGAUAGGGACUGCAUCCCAUAACAGCCCCCCUGACCUGUUUGAGCCCUCCGCUGAUGUUUCCAUCAACAGUUCAGCAGCAACAGAGGAGACGAGGGAAUGUCCAAGUCCAGAAGUGCUUGAUUACCAUGUAGCAGUACCAGAAAUACUCUGCUCAUGUCCCAACGAAGCGAAACCGACCAUAACACCAGUGGGAGUUGAACAAGUCAUCUUGAAGAUAAUUCCAAGCAAAGAGGAGCCUAAGAACAAUGGGGAGGAAGAGGAGAAAGUGGAAGAGGAAGAGCUGGUCAAUGUGGUGGAGAAACAACUCCACCUCUUCUUUCUCCAGGAGGAGAAAGUAGAAGGGGAGAAUGAGGAGGACAAAGUAGAAGAGGAUGAGGAGAAUGAGGAGGAGGAGAAAGUAGAAGAGAAAGAGGAGAAUGAAGAGGAGGACAAAGUACAAAAGGAAGAGGAGAACGAGGAGGAGGAGAAAGUAGAAGAGGAUGAGGAGAAUGAGGAGGAGGACAAAGUACAAGAGGAAGACGAGAAAGUAGAAGAAGAGGAGAAUGAGCAGGGGAAAGUAGACGAGGAAGAGGAUGAUAAGGAGGAGGAGAAAGUAAAAGAGGAUGAGGAAGGUCAGAAAGUAGAAGAGAAAAAAGAGGAUAAGGAGGAAAAGGAGAAAGUAGAAGAGGAAGAGGAGUCUAAGGAAGAACAGGAAGAUGAGAUGACAGAAGAGGAUGAGGACAAAGACGAAGAAAGCUCUGAGGGUUCAUGGACCACCACAUGGGAAAUCCCUCAUGAGACAAGCACAGUGGAGAGCCAAGAAGCCAAGACAGAGGACAAGGCUGGAGAUCAGCAGACAGUGAUCAUGUUUGAGAGAAAGUCCACUGAGAAUGACUCCCCUUGGGAUAAAUGGACGUCCCCCACUGUUUAUACCAUCUCCACUGGGACGGGAGAUGGCGAUGAGGAGGAAGUAGAGGAGGAAGAACGGCCAGCUGUGGUAGUGGAAGAGCGACGGGUCCCAACACCGGAACCGGAACCGGAAAGCAAAAAGCCUUUUGUGUAUGUGAAGGAGUAUGUCGACGCAAGCGAGCAUUUGCUCAAUCUCAGCGACCCACUCAAUGGGUCAGAUGAUUUUGCAUCAAGCUCCAUCAGUUACUCGUACAGCAGCCCUUCCAGCUACACUAGGGUCUCCCUGUCGUCCACCUGCACGUACUGCGGAAAGCAGGUGGGCAACGAUGCCAAGAUCAGCAUCGAGCAUCUCAAUAUUAACUGCCACCCUGAGUGCUUCAAGUGUGAUGUGUGCAGUAGGCCUAUGGGAGACCUUCUCCACAGUAUGUUCCUGCACAAGAAAAAGGUCCACUGCGAGAGCUGUUACGCCACCGUUAUUUAAUCCUCGGAGCUUUUCAUCACCUCCUUAUCCUUGUCCCCGCUCAUUCAUGUUCAUUUGCAUAAUAAGUGAGAACUGCUCUGAAGUUUGCACCGAUUUCUUUCUUACUUUGCUGUAACACAUUUUAAAGUCAUAAAAAAAAAAGAAAGUGGAAUUGUCAGUAUGAUAGUCAUGUUGAACAGUCUAUUUUUUGGGGGGAUGAAAUAUGUUUGUGUGUCAGUUACAAUGAAGGAUGUGUUUUAUAUGUUUUUUAUGUAAAGAUUCACAAUAUCAGGUGGGCUUGGACAAUGUAAUUUGAUAUAGAAGGCUCGCUAUUUUUAAAAAUCUUUUUGCUUAUUUUACUCAUCUCGAUACAAAAUAGUGUGUUGAAAUGUACGAUGCAUUGCUAACAAAAUAAAAUGACUUACAAAAUCCUGGUAUAAACAUCUUACAAAAGUAGUGUGCUUGAAAACACACUCCAGAAUGAGUAUUAUUGCACAAAGGAGUUUAGUGUGUUGCAACAACAAGGUCUGGGUAAUAAUAUAAAGUAUUUAUCAUAAAAAUUCAGAGUAGAUUUGCUUUUGAGAACAACCGCUAGUGCAGAGGUUUCCGCUUGUAAUGUUGCAUUUCUCAAACUCUCCUCUUCCUCGCACUGUCACUUCUAGUAGCUGUUCGCAUAAAUGUGACUGGCUAAUAGCCAUUGGCCACAUGCAGAUUAACUUUAAAGAAGCACAAGCAGUCCACUGGCUGCUGCCUUGAUGGUCUUCACACACAGUUAGGCAGAUCUCCUUGGGUGAACAGGACAGUUCCCCUUGGCUCAGCUCCAGUCCAGAGAAAAAUGGGAGCUUUCCAGGAGCAUUUGCCUCUCUGCACCAGCUGCACAUAGAGCAUUUCCUGCGUAUUCCUCAAAGCAGAGAAAAUAUGGUAAUGUCCUUAAAGCAUCCCUUUGCCCAAGCGUCACAUUGAAUAGAAAAUUAAAACCUGUUAUGGUGUACACAAAAACCCACCUUGGAAAAGUAUUUCUAACCCUUUACAUUUUUCCAUUCAUAUUUUUGCGAUAUUCCAACUGUAUACAUCAGUGAAUCAUACAAUCACUGACCAUAGGUGCUAUACGUUCAAUAUGAGCUCCGACUAAUUGCAAAAGUCAUGCAAAAUCUGUCCCUGGAUGUGCAAAUGACUUGAAGCUGAUUGAGAUGAUUCUAGUAUUCAUUUCAGGGGACUGAAUGCAUUUGCCUGUCUAUUUGUAAACCAUGCAUCAUUUUCCAUCCAUUUAAAAAAAAACUUCACAUGAAAUCCUGAUAAUACACAUUCAGGUUUUGGUUGUAAUGUCACAAAAUGUGAACAAGCUCCAGGGGUUGGGAUACUUUUGUAAGACGCCAUAAUCCACAAAUAUAACGGUUUUCUGGCUCAGUUGUGUAACCACGAGUCAAUCCGUCAUUUAAACAGAGGGGACUCGUAAUAUGGGCCCCCCUGCAGAG